AAUAAUAUAGUUAUUCGCUAAAAUAUAUGAAUGAAUGAAUAAAUGAAAAAUGAAGCAACUCGCGAUUAUCGAAGAUGUAAUUGUGCAAUCAAACAAAAUUCAGCCAAUUAUUGUAAAUUUCCAAAAUGGUGAGCUUAAGGAUGAAGAAGUCAAGGAGAUAUCAUGUGGCUUGUAUCGUGAGCAAAAAGACAACAAAACUGUAUUAGCCUUGUCAAAUGGACACAUUGUUUACAAAGGUUAUAGGCCAGAUUGUAAGAAAGAAUCGACCCGGACAAUGCUGGUACUCCAUAAUAAGAGGACUGGCAAAGUACGAUUAUUUGAAGCUGAGCGAUGGGAAGUAGCACCAGUACUCGAAAAGCUUGACGAUGAGGACAACAACAAUGACAUAGACCAUAAGAUUACGGUACUGAAUAAACAAUUUGGGUCUAAGAAAAUCAAACGUAGAACAGAGCAAUUUGAGAGGCUAAAAAUUAAUGUCGAGAAUGUUAAGGAACAACUUGAGCAAACAGUAGCAAAUAUUGAAAUCAACAGGCUAGAUUUAUCGAAUCAAUUACCAGAUGAUGACUGCUUAAAUGCAAUACUUUAUGCCAGUAAUGUCAAAGAUAUAUACAAUGUAUACGAUAUUAUUCCUAGGAAUAAAUUGGAAAUGUUAUAUGAGCAUGCAAUGAAGAUUACCGACGAAGACAUGAAAGAGAAAGCAGAAUUUUUCAAACACAGUUUAAGAAUUAUACAAUCGGAUUCGGACAAAGUGAACAAAGUCGCCCUUUUGCUUUAUAUUGAAAUGAUCAACCAAUGGUUUGCUACGAAAAUGAUGAGGAAACGCGACAUUGUUGUGUGCUCGAUUUCCGGAGAGGUGAAUCAGCAUAUCAUCGACAUGUACAGCGUGUCCGGUCCAAAUGGACGGACGAGGCCGAACUUUAUGACAGACAAAGGCCUCGUACACAGCUUGAUUCUCGCAUUGACGAUAUCAAAUUUCACACUGGAUUUGGAAAUGUUCCGACUUAUGUUUAAAAAACGAACGAGUCUAAAAAAGUUAAUGGGUCUCACGAGACUUAUCGGGGCGGUGUCCUCUAAAGAGAAUAAGAAAAUCAUCCUGCUUAAAGUUCCGAUGCCACCACCAAUGUCUCUUAUUAAAAAAGGAAAAAAAUCAGCGAGAUCCAAUCAGUGA